UGGAUACUAGACUCAGGAGCCAGCAAGCAUAUUGUCAAAGACCGGACAGUAUUGUACAACGCCAAGAAGCGCUCCGGCACCAUAGGCACACUCGGCGACCAAGAAUUGAAGUACGAGCUAAGAGGCAACGUCAAGAUCCUUGUAGGAGACAACACCAUUACCCUCACCAAAGUCUUGUAUGUCCCAGACGCCACCGAGAACCUCGUUGCGGAGGGAAGAUUGGCACGCGAG